AGAAUUAAGAAAACUGUUUGAACCAAACAACCAAGAUUUUUUGGCAAUGAAAAGAAAAGAGAGAAUAGCCAGACGCUUAGAGGGAAUUGAAAAUGAUACACAACCUAUGCUUCUACAAAACUGUCCAGGAUCAGUCACACACCGUUUACUAGAGGAAGAUACACCACGAUAUAUGCGUGCAACUGAUCCAUACAGUCCCCACUUAGGAAGAUCAAAUGAAGAGGAGGAAACUUCAGAUUCUUCUGUAGAAAAACAACCCAGAUCAUCCAGAUACCGAGCAGAAGUCACAGGAGGUAGUAAUACAGAGCCCUUGUAUAGUACAGGAAACAUGAAUGUCCAGGAACUAGAGUCAAAAGCAGAAAGAAUAGCUAGGUACAAGGCAGAGAGGCGGCGCCAGCUGGCAGAAAAAUACGGAUUAUCUCUUGAUUCUGAUUUGGAUUCUGACUACUCAUCCAGAUAUACGCGGGCAAGGAAAGAUCCCGACAGCGUGGAAAGAAAGGGAGUGAAAAGUGAAAGGCAAGAUGAUGAAAACAAGGACUGUGGCUCCCUGUAUUUGUCCAGGACUGAGACAAAGGAGUCAAAGAGUGUGAUUUCUGAAUCCAAAGAGUACUCCAGCCAUGAAAAAGAUGGUGUUCCAGAUAAAGAAGACCUCUCAAAUGAAAAGGGUGAUAGAAAAGCAGAUGAUGACAGUGCCAUUAGACAGGCUUCUGACCCUGCAGCAACCUUGGAUAGUUCUGUCUCCCUUUCACUUACUGGACGAGAAUCUUCCUCCUAUAACGAAGUGCCAAUAUCACCAAAGCAAACCCCCAGAGAGUCCCUUUCUUCACCAAAGCGGGCAGCCUCACCAAUCCAUUUGCAGAAUGACCAGCCCUUGCACAGUAACAUCAGACAAAGUGCAGGGAAAGCAAAACCUGAAUGGUUUCUUCAGAAAGAUUCGGAAGGGGACACACCUUCACUUAUCAGCUGGCCCUCCAGUGAAUCUCGGUUUGAGACGUCAACAGCAGGUAGCACUUUGUCUGCCAAUGGUGACCGUGAAAGAGGGCCGCGAAGGCCGAGGCGCUAUUUUUCUCCUGGUGAAAAUAGAAAGACUUCUGAGAGAUUUAAAACUCAACCUAUAACGUCAGCAGAACGAAAGGAGACAGAUAGGUCAAUUUUGAGUGCAGAAAUACCAACUGCUGAAGACGAAGAAAAAUUGGAUGACCGAGCCAAACUAAGCGUAGCUGCAAAGAGGCUGCUUUUUAGAGAAAUGGAAAAAUCAUUUGAAAUGAAAAAUAUUCCUAAACCACCUACAAGAAGUUCAGCAGUAGAGAGAAGACUGCGGCGUUUGCAGGAUAGAUCACACACGCAACCAAUUACCAGUGAGGAAGUGGUCAUUGCAGCUACUGAAUCUACCCCUGCUUCACGUUCUGUGAAUACCCACACAGUAGUGACAAGAGUACCUAGUCCCACUGUAGUUAAGAGCACUGUACAACCUAUCAGCUUGCAGGCAUCAGCACACCAAAAAAUUUUAGCUAAAGAGGAGAUAAGAGCAGCCAAAGAGGCGAUGGGGCAAGAUCAGUCUGAUGAACCAGAUUCUUCCACCUUAAGUUUGGCAGAAAAGAUGGCUUUGUUUAACAAACUGUCUCAACCAGUAUCCAGGGCCAUCUCUACAAGGAGUCGAGGAGAUAUUAGGCACAGGAGAAUGAACGCUCGUUACCAGACUCAGCCAGUCACUCUUGGAGAAGUUGAGCAGGUACAAAAUGAAGGUGGAAAAAUUACUCCCCUGUCAACUGCAGUUGCAACAUCAGUUUCAACGAUGGCAUCUGCCCUUUCUCCGUUGUAUGCUGGAGACCUGCACACAAAGCCAACUAGUGAUGGAAGCAUCAGUGCUGCAACUAGAGCUGAUUUGAGAUUCCACUCUUCAGCAGAAAAUUCGGACUCUUCAGGAAAACGCACACAGAAGUCAGAACAGUGGCAGCCCUCAAUGGAAGCUCUAGAAAGCAAAAGAGCAUCAAAGAAGCAUGAAGAAGAGAGAAAGAGGCUUCUAGCACAUGAAGCUAAUGAAAUUACAAAGUACAGCUUCUUUGAGGAAGAAACCACACAUCCUGUUCCUGAAAAAACAGGAGACUACCAUAAAGAGACAACAUACAGCUCCCUGAGGAAGGGCAGCAUGGAACUGUUUAGUUCACAAGCACUUUUUCAGCCUCUUGAACAGAAGGAAAUCGAUACUGGCAUGCAAGGUAAAUGGGAAGUCAAAGAAGGCCAGUCCUUUGAAGAAAAGAUGGAUUUGGAAAGUGUUAUGAAAAGCAAGUUAUCUUUUGAAUGGGCAGACCAUGCUGAGCCUACUUCUGAACUCACCAGCACAUCAGCAAUGAGGACAGUUUCACAAACCGCAGCUGCGGCAUCCUGUAGACUGCAGGAGCUCUCCGAACAAUUGGAAGGCAAAUUUUAUAAGAAUUCCUGUGAGAUGUUUUCCGCUGGAGAGAACAAAGCACAAACAACUGAGGAUGUCCUUGAUAAUUCCAGCAAAACGAUGUCAAUUAAGGAAAGGUUGGCAUUGCUGAAGAAAAGUGGUGAAGAAGAUUGGAAGAGCAGGCUCAGCAAAAAGCAGGAGUAUGCAAAAGUGUCUGUCACUGAUCGUAGCACGCAGAUGCAAGAAGUUGAGCAGCUGUUGAAGAAGAGAAUGGCAGAUAACCAGGAGAGUCAAAUGACCAUUGAAGAAAGGAAACACCUGAUUACAGCUCGAGAAGAAGCUUGGAAGUCCAAGGGUAAAGGAGCAGCCAAUGACUCCACGCAGUUCACUGUAGCUGGCCGAAUGGUAAAAAAAGGCCUGGCUUCUCCAAGUGCGCUAACACCAGUAGCAUCCCCUUUCAGUAACCGGCAGAAGUCUAUGACUCCAGUUACAAAGCCCUUGGAAGAAAUUGAAGCCAGGCCUGAUAUGCAAUUGGAAUCAGAUAUGAAGCUUGACAAGUUGGAGUCGUUCUUGGGAAGGCUGAAUAACAAAGUUGCUGGGAUGCAAGAGACAGUGCUGACAGUUACAGGAAAAUCUGUGAAAGAGGUGAUGAAGCUGGAUGAUGAUGAAACAUUUUCCAAAUUUUAUCGCCAUGUGGAUUUCCCUUCCUCCUCAGUGCCUUUGGACCUUGAUGAGGACUUUGAUGCCAUCUUUGAUCCUUAUGCACCAAAGUUAAUAUCUUCUGUAGCAGAGCAUAAACGUGCAGUUAGGCCUACGCGCAGAGUUCAGUCCUCAAGAAACCCUCUGAAAAUGCUGGCAGCAAGAGAAGAUAUUCUUCAUGAAUAUACUGAACAAAGAUUGAAUGUUGCCUUCAUGGAGUCAAAGCGAAUGAAAGUAGAAAAAAUGUCUACAAACUCAAACUUCUCAGAAGUAGCACUUGCUGGCUUGGCAAGCAAAGAGAACUUCAGCAACGUUAGCCUGCGGAGUGUUAAUCUAACAGAGCAAAACUCUAACAACAGUGCUGUGCCAUACAAGAAGCUAAUGCUGCUGCAAAUUAAAGGAAGAAGACAUGUUCAAACAAGAUUAGUUGAACCAAGGGCCUCGUCACUGAACAGUGGAGACUGUUUCCUGUUGUUAACUCCACAUUUCUGUUUCUUAUGGGUAGGAGAGUUUGCAAAUGUCAUAGAAAAAGCAAAGGCGUCAGAACUUGCAACUUUAAUUCAGACAAAGAGGGAACUUGGCUGUAGAGCUUCUUAUAUACAGACUAUAGAAGAAGGAAUAAAUACCCAUACGCAUGCAGCCAAAGACUUCUGGAAACUCCUUGGUGGACAGACAAAUUACCAGUCUGCUGGAAGUCCUGAAGAAGAUGAAAUGUAUGAAGCUGCAAUAAUAGAAACAAAUUGCAUUUACCGCCUUGUAGAGGAUAAACUCAUUCCUGAGGAUGACUACUGGGGAAAGGUGCCAAAAUGUACCCUGCUACAACCAAAAGAGGUGCUGGUGUUUGAUUUUGGCAGUGAAGUAUAUGUAUGGCAUGGAAAGGAAGUUACUUUAGCCCAAAGAAAAGUGGCAUUCCAGCUGGCAAAACACUUGUGGAAUGGCACCUUUGACUACUCCAAUUGUGACAUAAAUCCUCUGGACCCAGGGGAAUGCAAUCCCCUCAUACCCAGAAAGGGACAAGGACGCCCAGACUGGGCUGUGUUUGGCAGACUCACAGAACAUAAUGAGACCAUACUGUUCAAAGAAAAAUUUCUUGAUUGGACAGAGCUGAAGAAACUCAAUGAGAAGAAUUCUAGUGAAUCCCUUCACCAGAAGGAAGAAUCCAGAUCUGACUCUAAACCGUAUGAUGUCAUGCUAAUGGUAGCUGUGCCUCAAACAACUGUAGGCACAGUCUUGGAUGGAAUGAAUAUUGGCCGGGGCUACGGACUUGUAGAAGGAGAAGAUGGGAGGCAGUUUGAAAUUAUCACUGCAUCUGUGGAUGUCUGGCACAUCCUGGAAUUUGAUUAUAGUAGAUUGCCUAAGCAAAGCAUAGGGCAGUUCCAUGAGGGAGACACAUAUGUGGUGAAGUGGAAGUACAUGGUGAGCACUACAGUUGGAAGCAGGCAAAAAGGAGAGCAACAAGUAAGGGCUGUUGGAAAAGAGAAAUGCGUGUAUUUCUUUUGGCAAGGAAGGCAUUCCACAGUAAGUGAGAAAGGGACAUCGGCACUGAUGACAGUGGAACUUGAUGAAGAGAGAGGAGCACAGGUACAAGUGCUUCAAGGGAAAGAACCACCAUGCUUCCUGCAGUGCUUCCAAGGAGGGAUGAUUGUGCAUGCUGGAAGAAGGGAAGAGGAAGAAGAAAAUGUACAAAGUGACUGGAGGCUAUAUUGCGUGCGAGGAGAAGUUCCCAAUGAAGGAAACUUACUUGAAGUAGCAUGCCACUGCAGCAGCCUGCGUUCCCGGACAUCCAUGAUUGUCCUCAAUAUAAAUAAAGCUCUUAUCUACCUGUGGCAUGGCUGCAAAGCACAAUCUCACACCAAGGAUGUAGGAAGAACAGCAGCCAAUAAAAUAAAAGAACAAUGUCCGCUGGAGGCAGGGCUGCACAGCAGCAGCAAGGUGACGAUACAUGAAUGUGAUGAAGGGUCAGAGCCCUUGGGAUUCUGGGACGCAUUAGGAAGGAGAGAUCGAAAGGCCUAUGAUUGCAUGUUGCAAGAUCCUGGAAAGUUUAAUUUCACCCCCCGCCUGUUCAGCCUCAGUAGUUCAUCAGGAGAAUUCUCAGCCACCGAGUACGUUUACCCUUCAAGAGACCCUGCUGUCAUCAAUUCCAUGCCAUUCUUGCAAGAGGAUCUUUACACUGCCCCACAGCCAGCACUGUUCCUUGUUGACAAUCACCAUGAAGUGUACCUGUGGCAAGGCUGGUGGCCUGUGGAAAACAAAAUCGCUGGAUCAGCUCGAAUCAGGUGGGCUACAGACAGGAAAUGCGCCAUGGAGACAGUGCUCCAGUACUGCAAAGGAAAAAAUGUAAAGAAGCCCCCAAAAUCCUAUCUAAUUCAUGCUGGCCUAGAGCCUCUGACCUUCACCAAUAUGUUCCCAAGUUGGGAACACAGGGAAGACAUCGCAGAGAUCACAGAAAUGGAUGCUGACGUUUCUAAUCAGAUAAUCCUUGUAGAGGAUGUGCUGGCCAAGCUGUGUAAAACGGUGUAUCCAUUAGCAGAUCUCUUAGCUAGGCCUCUACCUGAGGGAGUUGAUCCACUGAAGCUUGAAAUUUAUCUUUCAGAUGAGGACUUUGAGGUUGCAUUAGAGAUGACGAGAGAAGAGUACAAUGCACUGCCAUCUUGGAAGCAGGUUAAUCUGAAGAAAGCAAAAGGACUUUUCUAAGUUGUGUUUAUUGGAGUGAGCACUAAAGGGAUGUCUGUUUUCACUUUGUAUGCCCUUUAGAAGAAUUGUACCCCACAUUUACAGAAUAAAUAGAAAUAAUCUGAAUUUAUUAGUGACUACCUAUCUGGAGGUGUGAAAUAUUAUAAAAGGCCAAGAGAACUCUUUGGAAAUGGAAUUCAAUUUUGACUCUUAAAGGUAAUGUGUUUAAGCUCUGCUCUCCUAUGCACUUAAACAGCAGUUUCUUGAGCUACUGCUGCAGGUGUCCUUUGGCUAUGUACAACACUUGCCAUUUUUGUUUUUGAAGAAGUUCUCUUUGUAAAGUGUUAUUUUGUUAGUUUGUGGAUUACAAAGAAUUUAUAUUUAUAUAAACACAUAGAACAAGUAUGUAUUUAACAAUGCAAUAUAUAUUCACUUUCAAGACUUUCAUGUCAAAACUACAGAAAAGUAGCUGGAUGGCAGUUGCUUGUACUGAAUUAGCUAUACCACCAGUAUGUAUCUCCUACGCAUUCUGAAAAGUUUCUCUUUGCAAUAGUUAAUGAAUUGUUCUCAGUGCUGCUUCAGGUGCUAAACUGAACAAAGCGUUUGUAUUUAUAGCAUGGAUUUCUUGAGAAACUAUGCGAAUCAACCUUUAUACUUUAUUAUCCAAAAAUGUAUAGUGCCUUGUUUUUUGUGUACAGUUUAUAUACAAAAAAAAAGAUUGGUCUGCAUUUUCAAGAUGGCUUAGAAUGGUCUCCUAUGUUACUUUUAUAAUAGUAGAAAUAAAAACAUCUCAGUUUCUAAUACUUGUUGUAAACAUUAAACAUGUCUUUUGUGAUAUAAGAACCGAAAGUAAAAGCUUCUGAAUAAACUCUUA